AUGCAGACUACGAAUUCAGAUUCAUCUGAGACCCAAAAUACGCUUUUCACUAAUAUAUCGCUGAACCUCGCAAUAACAAAUGAGACAACUCUUUUAAAUCUUGAUGACUUAUUGUAUGACGUGCCUCCUUCCAUCAUCGCGCUAUUGUCAUGCUGUUACGGAAUGGUUUCCUUGACGGCCAUCCUUGGUAACUUCUGUGUCUUGCUCAUUGUUGCCACUAGUCGUAGAAUGAGAACUGUGACAAAUUACUUCAUAGCUAAUUUAGCUGUUGCAGACAUCAUAAUUGGCUUAUUCUCCAUUCCAUUCCAGUUCCAGGCUGCUUUGCUGCAGAAAUGGGUGUUGCCGUAUUUUAUGUGCCCUUUUUGUCCCUUCGUGCAAGUUCUUUCUGUUAACGUAAGCAUCAUAACUUUGACAGCAAUCGCUCUGGAUCGCUAUCGAGCAGUUAUGUACCCUUUGAAGGCGAGAACAUCCAAACUAAGAGCCAAGGUUGCUAUACUGGGUAUUUGGAUUUUCAGCGCUUUGGCUGGUGUUCCAUACACUAUAGCACUUCGAGUGACACUGGUCUUCGAUCCUCUGACUGGGAACAAUACAAAACCUUUCUGUCACAACGUGCAGGUUUCGCCUUUCAUGUGGGAAGUUUACAAUCAUAUUCUGGUGACAUUGCAAUACUUCUUGCCGCUAUGCUUGAUAACUUUGGUGUAUGUUACAAUAGGCUUAAAGCUAAGAGAUACCAAGACUCCUGGAAAUUCUCAGUGUGAAAGAGAUGCGAAUAUUCUCAGAAACAGAAAGAAGGUAAGAUUUUGA